AUGCUGUGCGCUCACCCUUCCUCGGCCGAACGUCAUCUCGCCAAUCGGUUCUUUGGAAGACCGUCGUGCUACAACCAUCGGGCCAUCCUGCGGAAGAAACCGAUCGAGCCCUGGUCUAUGCGAUCGAAUCUAGUGCCGUCAUUCACCAGGGCUGCAAUUUUGCCUCGGCCGCCUUCUUGGCCAAGGGCAACAUCUCCUCAAUCGCUCCCCGGAAAGUGUAGUUUGCGAGUCAGGUCAAACCACAUUCGAACGGUUUACACUUCUGUGCGCCCCCUUCCAUUCGGCCCCCCAUCAGAUCGGAACAAGCUGCUCAAGUGGUCUCUACUUUCAAUCGGUGGUACCAGCCUUCUAUAUCUAGUAUUAUCAGCCGAUGGAUCCCUUCAACUGGCCACAAGGCCAGAACCAAUCAACAAUGAAACCAAUGUUAAGCCGAUCACAAGACCAACUCACAGAAAAACUUCAAAAUCUAGAUCUCGAGCCCUCUGGAACUCGAUCAAGAGAAACAUAAUUGAGCCUGUUGCCACAGCCAGCCGAUUCUUGUAUCUUCUGGCUUUGUUUUUGCCCGUACUCGUCACAUCACCGGUGGUCUUGUUAGAAUACAUCGAAUUGGCACACCCCAGAAAACGACGAAAACGCAGGAAAGAUGGGACGCUGAUCACCGAACGUGCAAGUACCAGCUGGUGGUACAAGCUUUUAGUCAGCUCCACCCAGAAAGCCGGGCCAACCUUCAUCAAAUUAGCCCAAUGGGCUGCUUCCAGGACUGACCUAUUCCCUGCAGCACUCUGUCAACAUCUCGGGAAGCUUCACUCCAAUGGAAAACCACACUCGAUGGCAUACACGCGAAGAGUACUAGAAAAGGCAUUUGACAAGAAAUUCGAAGACAUUUUCAUCUCAUUUAACCCUGAACCUUUGGGGAUUGGUGCGGUCGCACAAGUUUACAAAGCGACCCUAAAGCCUGAUCUGCUGCCAGUUUCGUACUUGGAACCUAAGCAUUUAAACAAAGCGAACAAAUUAUCAGUGGCUCAGUUGUCGCGCAAGUUGGCGACCUCAGAUGUAGACCCACCAAUGAUGAAGCCUUCCACAACUGUGGCAAUCAAAGUCCUACAUCCCCGAGUGACGAAGAACAUCAAACGGGACCUGAAGAUCAUGGGCUUUUUUGCGUAUCUUGUGAACUGCUUCCCCGGGGCCGAAUGGUUGAGUUUCCCAGAGGAAGUCGAAGUGUUUGGGAAGCUGAUGGAAAGCCAAGUUAAUCUAAAGGUGGAAGCUCAGAACCUAGAGCGCUUCGAGAAUAACUUUACCCACCGGAAAACGGUCUCUUUCCCCAGACCUCUUAACGCUUACACCACUGAGAAAGUCUUGGUCGAGGAAUUUGAAGACGCCUUGCCGUUGAAAUAUUUUCUGAGAGAUUCGGUUGGCCCGUUUGAUCAUCGGAUAUCCAACAUUGGGCUUGAUGCAUUCUUGCAUAUGCUUUUGAUCGACAAUUUUGUCCAUGCAGAUCUCCAUCCGGGGAACAUCAUGGUCAAAUUCUACAAACCGACAACAAAAUCGAUCCUUCAAUCGCUAUGGAGGAAGUUCACCAACGCGCCAGACAUCGAUGCAGGACAUGAAGAUAGCCAGUUGACAUCGGAUAUCGUUCAUAGACUGAAGAGAGUCAAUCGUGAAGACCCAUCGAGCUGGAACGCUGAGUUACAGAGACUUGACGAAGAGGGCUUUCAACCUGAACUAGUGUUUAUUGAUUCGGGCUUGGUGAACGAGUUGGACCAGAAAAACCAGAAGAACUUUUUGGAAUUAUUUGAAGCGAUAGCGGCAUUUGAUGGAUACAAGGCUGGGAAGCUGAUGGUAGAGCGAUGUCGGACGCCGGAGUUGGUCGAUGACGAGGAGACAUUUGCGGUGAAAAUUCAACAUUUGGCAUCGAAAGUGAAGGCGCAGACGUUCAGUCUCUCGAACAUCAAGGUGGCCGACGUCCUUCUCAACGUGCUUACCGCCGUCAGGGAGCACCAUGUCAAGAUGGAGGCCGACUUCGUCAACACUAUCCUUUCCAUCCUCAUCCUCGAAGGCAUCGGACGACAGCUGAACCCCAACCUCGACCUCUUCCAGAGCGCCUUGCCCAUCCUUAGGAGCCUUGGCAGCAAACAGAUCAACUCCUCUGGUUCUAGUACAAGACACUUUGGGAGCAUGUUCAAAAUCUGGCUUUUACUCGAGGCGAGACAGUUUGCUAGUAUUGCGGUGUCAGAAGUGGAUGACAUGUUGAAAUAUGACCUGUAA